ACUAAACAUUUUGGUUGAAAAAUGCCAGUCGGCAGGAAAAGGAAAUUUGCAACGGCAAAUUCCACUGGACACCAACAAGAAACUCGCGGAAAGAGAUCCAGGAAAACCGAAGAUAGUGCGGUGACCCAGACUUCAGUCGCAGUUCGGAAAGGAACUUGUCGUCCAUCGAAAAGGGAGAAAAAAGGGAAAAAGGAGAAGGCUAAAGAGUGCAUAGUAAUAUCUUCGUCUUCGGAAGACGAAGAAAGUGCGAUAAACAAAAAGGCUGUAAAAGACAGCAUUGGCACAGCUAGGAAACCAACUUGUAGGAGAUCGAAAAGGCAGAAAGACGGGGUAAAGAAGGGUGGUUAUGCUGGGAAGAGUGCAUUGAUAUCUACGAGAUUGAAUGUUAAAAGAACAGCUGCUAAGAAAGCAGAAAGAGGUGGUAAUGCAACAACUAAGAAAGCAACUGGUAGAAGAUCGCAAAGGAAGAAGAAAGAUGCAAAGAAAAGUUCGGAGGAGAGCAGAGUUAUGCCUGCAAGUUUGAAUGUUAAGAGGUCAGUUUACUGAAGUUGGCACAACCUGUGGGGGACCACAUGGGGCUGGGAGCCCGCGAGAAUAGAGGGCAGUAGGGUUAUGGGAGGUGGGAGAGGAGAAGGUGGGAGGUGGGGGUUUGAACAGGGUGGGAAGGUGGAUAAGUAUGGACAAUUAUGCAACAAUGCAUAAAAUUUUGUAAUCAAAAAGGGCGUAAAUGAAUGGAAGCCAAGGAUAAAAGGGGCAGGAGCUAAGAAUACAUAGUACGCAUAAAGGAGGUUUAGAAAUCUCCCUGACAUCUCGAUGGUUACCCUCUAUGAUUUUGCAAAAUUUUGAUUUCCACCCCCAUCUUCCUCUGAACUGGAAAAUAUACUUUGAAUUUCCACUCCCUAGAAGUAGUGGACUCUUCACAGUCCCCUAUUUUUCUUUGAGAUCGUCGAGAUAUAGUGUGUCUUACCAUUAAUGGUGGCCAUCUUGAUUUUCAAAUGUAUCUAGGGGGCGAGCGUCAAUGAUCUUGACGAUCGUACAGGAAAAUAGGGAACUGUGAACAGUCUAUAGCAGUGGUGUAGCCAAUUAUUGUUGUAUUUCCUGACAUAUUUCCCUGCUUGGCUUGGGUCUUACCCUGGGGCAAGCUGAAAUGAAGUGUAUAAACCCCAAGGAUGGGGAAGGAGGGUUCACCCUUGGGAAAUUGACUAAGUAGGCUUUUUCCUGGGUAGAGAUUUUGACAAUUUUUGUCCCAGGGUGAGAAAUUUUGCAUGGCUACCAUCGAAAGAACAAGAGAACCUUGAAAUAAGUCAUCCACCAUCCUGGUAAUUUCCAGACGUCACCAAGAGCUUUUCUGCUAAGUGAAUAAGCAUCGGUGUAUAUACAGUGUGACAUGUGAUACAGCUGUUAACAUUAAGUUUGUAGCAGUUACAGCUGUAUGCUUACCAAUAAUUAUUGCAUGUUGUUGCAUGUAUGCAUGGUAGCAUACAUUUUGUAUUCUAAUAUUAAUUUUAUAUAAUGGUAUGUAGUAAAAAAACUGUUAGCAUCUCUUUGGUUUUAUAAUGGUUAGAAACUUGACUAAAUUAAUAGUUUCAAAUUAGGUCUGGGAAUCAAAGACUCAUCUGCAUCUUACGCAUGCUAAAUUUUAGCUUAUUUUUAGCAGUUUUUAACUUGUGAGCAAACUUUUUCUUGACAUUCUAUUUCAUCUCAGUGAGAAAAAAGGGUUUGCUAAUUUUAUAUUUUGAUUCUUUCAGUGUAUUACCUUUGUCUGGUUCUUUGAGGAAUGCUUGUCUGUUUUUUCUAGCAAGAGGUCAGGUAUGUUUCAACCAAAAAAUAAAUUGAAUAACGAGACAAACAAGAAAAUAGAUGAAUAAUUUAAAACCUAGAGUCACUGGCAGAGGGAGUGAAAGCUUUCUUGUUAAACUGUAAAUUGAGGGCUGAGAUAGUGAUAAAUUGUCCUUUACCAAAUAGCGUACUGUAUUAUGCCCUAUGAAUCUGCUUAAAAAAAAUUUUCAAAUUACAACAAAUAUUUAUUCGUAAUAUCAUAUUUCAAGUCAUAAGUUUUACUGGCAAAGUUGGUGAGUGUACUGGCACCCCAGUAUAAUAUCAGUUUGUACUUUCACCAACCCCAUUCAUGAUCUGUUGUUUAAAGCACCAUUACAUGUAGCUUUUGAGCUUUUGGGGCAGCCAUUUUAUUCUUGGAAAGAAAGCUGCUGGAAUCCUGUUCUCAAUUUUAUAGUACAUGUAUACCGUGCACCCAUUCUUGUGCUUCUCCUUUUUCAUAGGGGAAGAGACUUUGUGUGACGAGACAGAGAAAAAAAUGACUGCAUGAGAGACAAAUUUUUAUGAUUGUGGAGACAGCAUCCAACUUUUUAAAUAAGUACAGGCAAUAUGUAAAUGCUGGUCUUUAUGUCUCUUUUAAGAGACAUGUAUUAACCAUUUAAUGUCCUCUUGAUUCGAGUAAUAAUUUUAUUAUUGUGACUCUAACCCCGUACAGGCAGUAGAUUUGAUGGAUGCACAUUACUGUUAUUUAAAGAAUCCUCAUUUUCUUGUUUUGAAAUUAUUUUGUUCUAUUUGUUUUUGUUUUAAACCAGAGAGUUUGCAUCAAAGGGUUGGCUCUGAUCAAAACCCUGAUUGGGUCAGUUGAAGUGUAUGGUUCUGUUUUGAGACCUGAUCAUGAUCCAGUGGAAAUCUUCUGUCCCAGUACUUCAAGUCUUGCUGUGUUGUCUGAACACAGUGAAGAAAAUUCCUCAAGAGGUAUUAAUUUAAAGAGAACAUUUCAAGAUGUUCUACAAAACCAGCCUCCUGAGGUGAUGAAGAAGGCCCUGGUGAGAUCAAGAAAAUCAGCCACAGUUCUGUUGAUGAAAUCCUUGCAAACCGUAGAGACAAACUUUGUAUGCAGUAUUCAACGCUUCCAUGAUAUAUUCAGCUCGAAUCUUGGCAAGGUAUCUGUUGGACUGAACUUUUGAGACACAACUGGUGCUUUCCAUUUUGGAAAACCAGUCAGAUAGAAACCAGUGGAAUUAUCAAGAAAAAAUGGAAUGACAUUGUUCAAUUGAAACAAGGUCUCCAAUCAAAUUGAAGUGAUCCAUUUCUGUUCUGACCAAAACUUUGAUGACUGCUUAGCAAAGUAGGAUUGCAAAUGCGAAUUUUUGGAAAUGGAAAGGCAAGUUUUUUGUUGGACCGGACUGACUGGUCAAAGAGGACCACCUCUGAAGGUGAACCACUUAGACCAGAAAAUUUCCACCCAGACCAAAGCUGUCCACUUAUUUCUCAACCAAAAUUUCUGAAAAUUUUGACUUAAUUGAAAGCACUCGGAGAAUGCCAAAAAAAGUCUAAUAUAAAAAUAAUUCCGGGUACAGACUAGACAUUGUAGUCCACAGUUAUCAAACUUUAGACCUAUAGGUCUGGAUUUGAGCCUGGCCACCAUGUUGUUUCCUUACAGCUGUAUGGCAAAAUUCUUCAGGGGGUAACCUUCCCUCGGGGGAGGGGGGUGAAAGGAGUAUUUUGCAACACUUCUAGGCUCCUGAUGCUACAAAACUGGGUUGCCGCUUUUUCCUUUUGGGUGCCACUGGCUGAUGGUGCAUCUCAUAACAUUUAUUACUGGAGACAUGUUUAAUCUUACAACUGACAAAUCCAUUCAAAAACUCACAUUUUUAGCUAUGUGCUAAAUUGUGCUAUUUUUUUUUUCUUGCAGGUUUCCUCUCUUGACAAAAUAGAGAUGUCUUUGAAGAAGAAAACAGCUCCAUUGGGAUUUAUUUUUGUAAGGAUACUGACAACCAAUUUUCCAAUUUUUUCUAACUCUUUUGUUCCAGUUUGCAUCCUUACCAUCCUUUAAUUGUGUGGUUCAGAUAAAAUUUUAUUUCGAGCCAAGCCAAGUUUCUGAACCUGUACAAUCUAUGGUACUCAGCAUAUGAUUUGUAUGAAAAAAACUAACAUUUUCUGGUCCCCAGAGAGGAAAAGGUGGGCACCAGUGGCCACCAGGCUCUGUAAGAGCACAGCCCUACCACCCUCGAUAGAGGUAAUUUGACAUGAGAGAUUAAAACAUUACAAGCUGCAAUUACAAUAAUUUUUAUUUGAGUAAUAAAAUUGGGAGUCUCUAAACACAUAAAGAAUAAUUUGGAGGGGGAGGGGGGGGGGGGUUAACUGAAGGGAAUAUUUAUUAUUUUUGUCAUUAUAAGUAAAUACAUAAUAGUAAUAAUGACAACAACAACAAUAACGACAAUGAUAUAUUUUUUUGGAAUUCAAUUUACACAUUGACACAUUUUGGCUUUUCAAAGAAGACAGCGGAUAGCACGAUGUAGCCCCUUUCAUCUAUUUGUGNGUUAACUGAAGGGAAUAUUUAUUAUUUUUGUCAUUAUAAGUAAAUACAUAAUAGUAAUAAUGACAACAACAACAAUAACGACAAUGAUAUAUUUUUUGGAAUUCAAUUUACACAUUGACACAUUUUGGCUUUUCAAAGAAGACAGCGGAUAGCACGAUGUAGCCCCUUUCAUCUAUUUGUGUUCUCUAGUUGGAGCCAUGGUACCCAGCACGAUGUAGGAUGUUGACAGUACCCGAUCAGUGGAAAGUUGCUGCAUCUUCAGUGUGUCAAACAAAAAUGGGCAUGGAAGGUAUUAACAUUCAUUUGAUCAUUGAAGCAAGUUUUAUCACAGGAAACCACAGUUAGUCAUUGUCAGUUUUUGUUUUAUGUUUAACAGCCAAGGCCCCUGUUAUUCUUAUUUGUGGUGGAAAGGACAUUGGAAAAUCAACAUUUGCAAGAUAUUUAACUAACACAUUCCUAAAUAGGUAUGUUUUGCCUACAAUAUAUAUUUUUAAUGUUUUACGUAAUUGAGUGGCACUAUUGUGCUAAAAUACAGUUGUACAUUUGGUAUCUAAUUGUCCAGGGUAUCUUUUUGUCCAGUUUAAACUACAGUGGAACCUCUAUUCAGGGGACACCCUCUGGACUAAGGCAAGUGUCCCCCGACUGGUGGUUGGGCGGGUGUUUAUCAACGAUUUUUGUGGUCAGUCACUUUUUGAGUGCUAAGGUGUCCUCUGAAUGGAGGUUAAAUCUUGGUUUUUGGGAUCCAGAAAAAAUGUCCCUUUCCCCUGAAUAGAGGAGUCCCUUCAACAGAGCUAACAAAUACAAAGAAUAUGUGAACUUUUUUUCGGAACCAAAUUUUGUGUCCCAGGAAUGGAGGUGUCCUUUGAAUAGAGGUCCCCCAAAGGAGAGGUUUCACUGUAGGAAAUAUGUAAGUGCCUCUGAACUGGUUCUGUAAGAGUGAUUGUCUGGUGAAUCCCCCUGAUGUUUUUCUUUAACAUUGCCACUGCUAUGAUUUUUUGUCCAUGAAUAUUCCAUGAUACCGAUUAGUCUCCAAUGAUAAAGGGGCUAACAGUCAUAACGUGUCAAGUGAGUCGACAUCAUUAGCUAUCUUUUCACCACUUCUAAUUGAGUUAGAACAUGCCAGGGAAGCAGCGAGCCAUGCGAAAAAAUUGCAAAACCGAAAAAGAAGUAAUAGGAAGAGAGGAAGUGAAAGCUAACCAUUGUAAAUACAGUGAAGUAUACAUGAAAUAAUUCAUUACAGUAAAACCCCACCUUACGGCCACUUUUUUGACUGCCCGGCAAAACGCGCGGCCAUACAUUUUCUUGUUAAAAAAAAAAAACGUUAAUACUGUCACCUGUUAAUACAGCCGAAUGUUUUUGGCCCAUUGGUGACCGUAUUAACGGGACCGGCUGAAGAGACAAUUCUAAACUAAAUUAAAAAAAUCUUGUUUUAUUCGUAAGGGGAGGGACGCCGAAAUAUUCGCAUUGUUCAGCUGAUGGUAAAGAAUUAACGAUGAUGUUUCGCUUGUUUUAGUUUACACGAAUUAACCAGUGAAAAUAAUUAAUACUUCAAUCUCAAACUGACCCUCUCAAAUUGACUUAGCGUUGAUGUUGUAAAGAACAUAUUGAUGUUAAAUCAAAAUGCUAGUAACUUAAAGGGUUAUUACUCGUGCUAUGUUGAUUAUGUUUGGGACUUAUUUUUUUCUUUUUAGACAGAACGAGCCGUAUUUCCUCGAGUGCGACGUUGGCCAGUCUGAAUUCACUCCUCCUGGGUUAAUAUCACUAAACAGAGUGUCUUCUCCCCUGCUAGGUUUGUACAUGCAGUAAAAAGGCUUGCAAGUGCUAACUUUUAGCUAUGACAAAACGUUCUUUCCUCCUUACUUUGUUUCUCUUCCAUUUUUUCUUCAACACGCCACUUGUACAUCUCCCACAAUGCACCUUAUUUGCCCCCCAAAAUUUUGCACAACCAUUGUUUUUCAUUUCUCCUGGGUAUUACAUCCGUCCCAAUGCUUAUGCAAAAUUUUGGGGGAUUUGCAAGUGCCGUAUACAGUACAUAUUAUGACAACUUGUUUGUGUUUUGUGUUCGUUUGAAUUUUAGGUCCGCCAUUCACUCAUCUUCGACAACCUGAGAGGUAAUAACAAUCUCCUUAUAAGUAACUUGAAAUUUUUUAUUCCUGAUAAGCUAUAAAUUCGAGGUUUUCGAAGCUUUUGCCAAAGUCAUGUGUUAGCUUAGAAUUUUGUACCUCUGUAGUUGCGAACGUUUUUUUUUCAUACCACCGAAAACACUCGUGAUAAUUGUUGUCUUUUGUAGAUCUGUAUUUUUUGGUGAUGUAUCCCCAAAGGAUAGGCCUGGGUUCUAUAUUCAGUGUAUUUACAAUGUGUAUCAGACAUACGCUGAUAAAUACAGAAACAAGAUUCCAUUGAUUAUCAACACACAGGGAUGGGUUAAGGGUAAGUAGUUCAAACAGCAGAGUGCGUUGUCGUUACGUUACGAAGUCAAACGAUUUUCACUUUAAGUAAUAAUGAUAAUAUUUAUUAUUAUGGUUUAUUAACAGCAUUUCCAUAAAAAAGGGGCUCUACAUCUGCUAAUAAAAUAUAAAUUAUAUAGUGUAUAUUCAGCUAGAAAAAAAAUACAUUAAUAUAUCUGGCCUCGGUUGUUCAAAGGCUGGAUAGCGCUAUCCACCGGGUAAAUCUCUAUCCAGUGGAUAGUGCAAUUAGUCUCCCCAAUACUUAUCCGCUGGAUAGUGAUUUAUCCGAUCGAUAGCGCUAUCCAACGUUUGAACAACCGGGACCAGGAGCAGAAAAUGUGCGUGGUAAAAAAACUAACUAAUUAACUAACUAACUACUUAACUGUGGUUAAAAAAGUGUAUUUAGAACUAUUACAUUACUACAAUUUACUUCGCUCUUUUAAGAUAUUGAAGGUCUGUUUGGAAAAAGACCCAAAAUUUUUACAAGAUUUGGUUGGAGCAAUUAGGGAGUUGUGCUAGUUGAACAGCGUUGUUAUGAUCGGGCAAUAGUCAAGAAAUUUUUUCUCAAGGUUAAGACAAUGUCAGUAAUAGUUGCCAGGAAAAAACAGCAUGCGGGACCAAAACGCAGAUCCUUUCCAAUUAGUCAUUCAGUCACUAAGUCAGUCACCCCGUCAAUCAAUUCAUCAAUUCAGCAAUUCACGGUCAAAAAAAACGUAUGACACUUUACUCCGAUUUUGUCCCCCGCUCCCUCAAUUUCCUGCUAGGUACCUGUUUAGCUUAAUUCGGUCGCCAAUAGCUCUUUCCUUUUUUAUCCAAGGAAUGGGAGUACCUCUUUUGUUGGAUGUGAUUCGCGUUGUAAAGCCAACACACAUUGUACAGUUCAAUUACGCCACCAAAGAAAACGCUAACAAGAAUUUACCAAAGAUGACAGCUGAACUGUUUGCAAGUACACCGGGAUGGGCAUUUACUGUUGAAGAGGAAGAGCGACCUGAAAACAACUCCAGGUGGUUAAAACAAAUUUCAAUGGCUUUGUGUCUUACAUUUAUUGGUGGAAAAAAGCACCCUAAGUUCGCAAAGCUGUUGAUGCGUUUGGCUUUCACGAAAACGAAUGUUUUCUAAAACUCAUUCGUGUGGACAUGCUAAUCCUAUUGUUCGGUUUGAAUUUAUACAGAGAUGUCAACCUUUGUCCCGAGAACGUCACAGGAAGCGAUCUGGAUCCUAUUGUGAUUGAAAUCAACUCAUAUGAAUCAAAAAGCUGGCCGAGCUCCGUGUAAGUAACAUGUUACCUUUCAGGAACACAGUGAUGCAAAAGAGCUAGUAUGCAUGGUCAUAGAACGUUGAAAAACCGUUAUAUCAAUAUGCAUAUUCUCCACACUGUUCUCCAUAUAUUUACCUUUGGUGGAUGAGGGGAAUUUGUUUAACAAUCUUUACCUAGUUUUGUUGAUGGUUAUCUCCUUUGUUGUCGUGACGCAUCCUGGUCUUGUUAAUCGGCUUAUUAGUACACUGUCCGUAAUAAUGAGGUUUCCGUAAAGCGGGGUUUAAGUGCAUCUAACCAGAGGAUCGCAAAAUUUAUCAACGACGUUUGAAAUAUGUACUAUUUACUGGCUAAUAAUAUAUUCAUAUCUUUUAUUUCUUUCUUUUCUUCUAGUUCUAAAUUCAAAGCGUCAGAUCACCGGACUUUAGCAUUGCUGUCGUAUUUCAGCAGAACAAAAGCUAACAUCAGCCACUGUGAAGGCCGCUCUUCUCUUGCACAGACUUCUCUGCUGUCUUGCGUUCCUUAUUCAGUACCGUGGAGCUGUGUGGGAAUACACGUUAUGCAUACAGAGGUACUGUAAAGUGUAUAAUCUGACAGCGAAUAUGUUUUAACAACCUUCUUGUGAAUAAUUUUUGAUUGUUUGAGCUCUUGUGUAAAUAGAGAGCUUUAGAUUCUAAGACGAGUACGACUUCGAGGACGAGAUUUCCUCAAUGCAAAUUAGUCCGCGCGCGUGAACCAUGAUAGCGUCAUUAGGGACUUAAGAUCCAACAACGCGACCGCAACGAGAACGUCAAAAAGAAAAAACAAACAAUAGUUUUAAUAAGCAAAACAACAAUUUUGCUCGUGCAUCACACUUUUGUGUACAUCUCUUUGCCGUUUUGCACGACUACGACGUGAAAAUGCCUAUUUUCGCGUUUUUUGGAGAAAGUAAAAAAGCAACGACGAAAUUUUAUUUAUCUUUCUGAACUUGGAUAUGGUCCUUUGGAAUUCAACUUCAGGAGCGGUCGCCUACAUUUGACAAAGUAAGUGGGUUGGAAUACCCGCGAUAAAGACCGAAAGAACGCAAAUUCAUUUUUUAAGCGAAGUUCUCGUUGCCGUCGCGUCGUUGGAUCUUAAAGUCCCUAUUUUGGCGGGAAAACUUGCUAGCCGUCGUCAUUCUACUACGAGUUUUAGCGAGAAUGUCGUAAUUGCGGAAACAAAUUAUCAAAUGUUAUAAUAGAAGUUUUAUCAUUUUGUGAUCGAGAGAGGGCUUAACUUCCUUCAAUAUAGAUAACGGUGCUCUCUUUUCUAAUGAAAAAAAGCACAAUUAAGCUUUCCGGGGUGUCUAUUUUGUGAUAAUAGGCGAAAAAACUUAGGUUAAAUCUCGUACUCAUAGUCGUUCUCGUCUUUCGAAUCUAAAGGUCUCUAAUAGACUGGUUUAGCAACAGAACGGGAAACUCAGUAGACAACGGCGCGCGCAAAUUAAACAACUGGCUUGACUAAUGGCAGAGCGAUAAAUUGGGCACUGAAAGUGUUUAGUCCUUUCCGCGCGCUUUCCCGUCGUCAACUGACGUUCCCAUCCCGUUGCUAAAUCGGCCUAAUAGCAUCUCGUAGACAAGGCAUUCAAGAACUCAAACAAUCACUGAACGUCCAAUCGGACACGAUUCGCGCUAAGCUUUUCCAUUAAGAAAGCUACAUAAUAAUGAAGCAAGCACAGAUGCAAACUAAUUUAUUCAAACUUAAACUCUUAACAAAUUUGAAACUUAAACAUUUCUCACUCUUGAAAAUGGUGUUCGAAACAUCGAAAGGUCGAGUAACGUUCUUAAGUUCAAUUUUUCUUGUUAAAUUCUUCAAAAAGCAACUGACUAUCGGGUCUAUCAACAUCAAUCACCGUCUUAAUCUCAAGAAACACACAGAAAAAAAAACGAGCUAAUCGUUAGUUAUAUAAAAAAAAUAAACAGAUUUCAAUAAGCAAAACUUAGAAUCCCAUUGUUCAAUGUAAUUUCCACCUCCACAACAAGGUUUUGGUUUACACAAUGUUAAUGUCAAAUUUCAUUGUUGUUUUUUAUUUCUUGGGGGCAGAUUUCGUGGAAUGAGAUUCUGUACGCCGUUAAUGCGAGUGUUGUAGGACUGGCGCGAUGCGCUUCAGAAGAGGUAAGAAUAGGAGGCUCUGACCCUGUAUUUAUCUUCUUGAAAACGCCUUACAAAUCCUUUCAAUAAUUAUAUUCACGGCCAUUUUGAGGAUUACGCAAUAUAGUACCACACGUAUUUUAAUACCUACCAUGCUGAGCUUGGGCUGCAUGUGACUUAUCUAACUUUUCUCUGUUACGGAACUCUCUUUUCUUCUUCUGCAAUGUCGAGUCUCCCGUUUUGGGCAAUUGCAGAAGUCUGACAAGUGUUUCAAAAAAUGUAACGACUUUUGCAUUCUCGGGGCUUUACCUGAGAUUGACCAGAUCUUCGUCCAUGGAGGUAAAAAAAAAAUUCCAGUCUUUUGAAGCUAUCGAUUCCAGGAUGAUCUCCGGCUUGAUAAACGACUUGGCUUAAAUUCAAACUUUACCUAUCUUUAUCUAUGCUUGAAGCUUAGGGCCUGUUUAAAUGGAGGUGGGGGACCCUAGACAGGUGAAGUAACCCGCCUGUCCAUAUAAUUUCUCAUAUAGUCACCCCACCUAUUAUGUGAUCAAAUAAAAUGAAAGUCUAUAUUGACAGGCGGGUUACCCCACCUAAGCGGGUUACCUCAUCUACCUUGGGUCCCCCCCCCCCUCCCUGCAUCUAAACAUGCGCUUAGGCAGGUAGUUGAGGUAACCCGCUUAGGUGGGGUAACCCGCCUAUCAAUAUAGACUUUCAUUUUAUUUGAUCACUUUAACAUGAGAGGUGGGGUGACACGCCACAUGUUACCUCACCUAUCUGGGGUCCCACACCUCUAUCUAAACAGGCCGUGAAUUGAGAAAGUAAGUUACCUUUUUCUUUCAGAUGUAUCGCCGAGGAGAUUGCAGUACGCCUUGGUGCUUUAUGCGGAGUCCCAUUACAGAAUGUAUCGGUUUGGGUAAUUAUCUUUUUCAGAUUAUAUAAGAUUCCUCUUUGACGCAGUAUACCUUCUGAUUUUGCUUUUAAUUAUUCAUCUAUUUGUUUUUUUUUUUUGUCGAAAGAAGUUCGUCACCGAGCUGCGCAUGCUCGACAGCGGUAGCCUAACUAUUCUCAACCCAGCACUUAUAACAGCGCCUAUUACCUAUGCUUCUGACUCCGCAGUCAUGCGCAUGAGAGCUCUGGGUCGAGUUUGCGAGGUCAAGGCUCAUGGACAGUCCUGAGGAAAAUUUUUAUGGAGUUAAAUAUUACCCUUCGUUUAGAAUUUUACUUUUUAGAGAGAGGGUUUGCUCUUCGUCAUAUUGUGCCUGUUUCCAUAUUACGUAUUUCCCUGAAUUACUGUACAUUUACGAAGGAAUAUGUGAUCUGCAAUGUCCGCUCUCGUUUUCAAGAGGUUUUAACUUUUAAGGGUUGCGACUGGGGAGAUUUCGGUGUUUUGGAUAGGUGCCGGGUCUCAUAUUUGCUAAUACGUGUGUGUUCGCAGGCUACAUAUUUGCGAGGGUUACUUGUCAUUUCGCCCCCGGUUACUUAGUCACCUAUUUUCGAGUCAUUUAGCGCACUUCAAAUGUGAUAUUCCUCGUUCUAUAAGCCAUAAAGCAAAACAAGCGCACUUCAAACUGCAAUAUUCCUCGUUCUUUAAGCCAUAAACCAAACAAGUACUCUUCAAAUAUAAUAUUCCUCGUUCUAGAAUAGGAGGGUAAGUAACCGGGGUGAAAAGACUCGGGGGCGAGAUGACAGGUAACCUUUGCGAGAGGUGGUUGCACAUGGAGGUGCUCGACUGUAUUUUUUUUUUAGUAAUUUGGCAGUUCAGGAUUCUGUGUAUUGGCUCUCUUUGGCGAAAACAUUCAUUUCUGUUUUAUCUGUAAUAAUCAACCGUUUCUCCGUCGUAGGAAUUGUACGGAACAUUGAUCCUGUUGAGAAACUGCUCUUUGUGUUAACACCCCUCGGGCUGGAUGAUCUUAAACAGGUUAACACCUUACUUAAAGGAAACUUAGAAAUUCCAGCAGCCUUACUGUUAUCGGUGAGUAGAAGAGAAUGACUUUGAAUGAUUUGCGGCGUAGCUACAGCAACAACAUUUCCCUUUUUAGGGUUCUCAGACUGAAAAAAAAAUAAAUAAAUAAAUAACUCUUAUUCUCAUUCGAUGCAAAUUGUUCUUCCUUUUUAUUGGCCGAAAGCCCAACACGUGACCUGUAAACAAGGGUCGGGUCAUGCGCAAUGCCGUCUAACUGUGUUUGGCUGUAAAUAUUCUGCUCAUGCGUAAACGAAACCACGCUUUUCUCCUUCUUGCGAUAUCUCUUGCGUGAAAAAUGGCAGAUCGCUUCUCUUCCCGAAGAUAUUCAUUAGUUGCGAAAGAUAAAACAAUUAUUGAUCUCGGUUAUCGCUAAAUAUCGUGAUUUGUCAGUGUCUCGCAGAUCAGUUAUUUUCCUCAGCCUUCGGCUUCGCCAAUUAAUCGAUCUGCUCGUUUCUGACAAAUCAUGAUAUUUUGCUCAACCUCGCCCAAUAAUUUUAAAUUAUUUUUCAAUGCAAAAAGCUGCUGAUCAUCGACGAUAUCAACGUUUUUCAAAGAUUUUACAAAAAACAAAACAAAAAAAAAACAUCUGUAAAGGUUCUAAAACUGGCGAAGACUUGGUGAUUUCUUUGAGAAUAUUCUACGCAGAAGUAAGGAAUUUGUGAACUUGGUUUAAUACAGUUAAACCCCGCUUUACGGAUACCCGCUUAAUACGUAGUCCUCAUUAUUACGGACAGUUUGCUUUGUUCCUGGGGAAAGAAAGCCCCUUACAUUUCUCUAAAUUUAACCCACUUGAUACGGACACCCCGUGAAUACGGACACUUUCUAUACCCCCCCCGCCCCACACACACACACCUCCUUCCCCCUUCAGUGUCCGUAUUCCAUGUGACAGGGUUUGAAUGUAUUUUUCAUGAACAGUCGACGGUUAUUGAAUCAGGCUUUGUUCUAAUUAAGGUAUCCUCCAACCUCAACCUUUAGCUUAGGCAGAUAUACCCCCUCGAUUUGCAUAAUUCCCCUUCGGCCUCAUAAGUUUUACUCAGCCUCAGCCAUUAGUCGUUUAUUAUGUUACUUUUCUUUUGUUUUUCUUUUGUUUUUCUUGUUUAGACAAAGCAAAGCAAUGCUCCUUACAUUUCCACUGAGUUUUCAUAUGACCUGCGGGGAGCUGGAGCGAGGAAGGUUCGCUACAACUUGAUGAGGAGGCAGAAUGCGUGUUAA